GACGAGAGCGACUAAAUAUCAUCACUCAAUCACGAGAGCAGUUACUGUGUGGCGGCUGGUCGAUUCAUAAUUUGACAGAAGCGACGCAACAGUGUUUACGACUUCUCGCUCGCACAAACGCGACAUUCGCCAUAACAAAACAACGCAAAAUAACAACAAUUAUGAAAUACCAUCGUUUGUAAAGAAUUUAGCAAAUGCAAAGCUAAAAAUAGCGUGAAUUGAAAAAAAUUUAAUGUGUAUGUGUAUAUUUUAAAAGUUUAUUGUGAAGUUUUACUAGUUGCUUUGAUAUAAUUGCGAAUUUUUUAAAACAUGAGUCCCAAAAAUGAGGAUAGGACACAAUUUAAGGAGUUCAACUUCCCGCCCAUUUGGGAGGACAAGGCAAAAAUGAAAGUGCUGUUGUCCACAUUUCAUCCGCGUCACUUUGACUGCGAUCAAUAUGACUCCAAGAUGAUGUUCUGGAUAGAUCUCAUCAAACAGUACUGUUACUACGCUGGGAAGGCCAAUAUUAGUGUAAGAGAGCUGCAGUUGCAAUUUAUGCGAGGAGAGCAAAUGCCCGCUUGCCUGGACAUGGUUGUAUCACAUAUGGAUCAGCAGAAACAGAUACGUCUGCGGUCUGACUACGAGUAUGAUCCAUUAAACAGCUGGAGUGGUUGGUUUGUCAACAGCUUUGUGAGACGACCCUUAUCAAGGAGCUGGCUAAAACUGAAGCAUAGCAUUAUUGCCGAGAAUGUAGAAGCACAGUCAAUGGUAGAAUGGAUACAUCUGGAAGUUAUGCAGGGCAUCUGCGAUGAAAUGGAAAAGAAAGUGCUGUUCAAAAAUCGGGGCAAGUUAUUGCAUUUUGAGGCAUUUAAAGCGCUGUGCGAGGCAAGCAGCAUGCAUGUUCAUCCCGAAUUCUUGCCACUCUGCCUGCUCACAUUACAGACUCGUCGGCAAGUGGUGCUGGAUUUCAAGAUUGAAAGAAAAACACGCUGUAUCCACCUGAUAAAAAUACCAGCCAGUGAACAGGAGAGUUUGGUGAUAACUGAAUCAGAUCAUGCUGUGCAUAAUCUGCAGGUGACUCAGGGCAACCUGCUAAAGCAGCUAGAGGAACUUGAAGAUGAGAUUAAAUUAAACGAUGAUAAAGCUCGCCAGUAUGUCAAGGAAAACAAGCGACAGCUGGCAAAAACAUAUCUGCGCAAAAGAAAUCUGCUGGAAAAAAGUCAUGAACGACGAAGCCUUGCCUUGAAUAAUAUUGAAACGCUACUAACGAAUGUGGACGAGGCUAAGAAUACCGGCGUGGUUUUGGAUGCUUACAAGAUUGGCAGCAAGACCUUGCAGAAGGUGCUUAACGAGUCGGGUCUUAAGUAUGACAACGUCGAUGAAGUGCUGGCAGAUGUGCGUGAAACCUUAGAGCAGCAUAGGGAAGUACAAGAUGUUUUGUCGACAAGUUCUACAGACGUCGCGGGAUGCGAUGAGGAUGCGCUGGAGAAAGAGCUGCGCGAUCUUAUUGGUGAAAGUGCUGCAGUGCAGCCUGAUAUUUCAAUCAACAAUAAUAAGCCAGAGAUUGUGAUUGAUGAUGAGCAGCUAAUUGCUAUGUUAAAUGAUCUGGAAGUUGAAGAAGGCAGCAUCAUCUCUCAAGUAAGCCAUAAAACACUAGGGUCGGCUUAAGGCAAACAGUAAUAGAUUUAAUUAAAAUGCUUUUAAAUCUGAUUGUUAAUAAAAAUCAACGAAUAUCGGG